AUGCCAACGGCUGCUUUCGCGCGCCUCCGAUCGCCGCGCCCGGUGGCCAAACUCUAUGGCCUCGCUUCAAAAGUCGAAGAUCGCAAGAAAAGCCGUGCUCAGUCAUCGCAGGAUACAGAUGUACAGAUUCGAAAGUUGCGAGCCGGUCUGAUCAGCCACAUCACGAACACCGACAACCGCGAUCGGUAUCGUCGACUACAGACUUGCGCCGAAGGUGCGGGGGUUACGGUGACCAGCUCGAUGUUCCCCCUACUGGAAGGCUGCCUGGUCGAGAUGGACUUGAUAGAGGGAGGAGAGGUGGAGUUUGUUGGAGAGACGGGGGUCAUUGCGUCCGAGCUGAACAGCGACGACAUCGAUGCUGAGUACAUCUGGGUGGCCUACUACGGCACAACGUCGUUGGCCAUAGCGUGUAUCUCGCUCGAGCCUGUCACCUCGGUACACCCUUCAACGGCGACCUGGUACUGUGUUGAUGAUACAACCGAAGAUGGGAUCGUGGCGGCCACCGACACCACCUUUGGCGUAGACUGCGGAUGCGACGACGACGACGCCGCACCGACCCCCACUGUUACCACCACUCCUGCCCCGAAUGUAGACAGUACGACACCCGCUGCUCCAAGCGGGAGCUCUUGCUCCGAGGGAGAGUCGUUCACUGUCGACAUUUCCGCCCUGCCGGGAGCGGAUGGUUGCUACCUAUCCACUGGUUUCACGCUGUCCGAUGAGUACGUCUACACUCAGACGGGUGGAGUAGGCGGUGCUGAGAUGUGGAUCUACAGCCUGCCGACUUCACAAGACGCCGACCCUGAGAUCUAUUGGUACCUGGGAUACGUUCCGGAGAUCACUUCGUCGUCAGAAGUUGAUGGGGAGCCAACGAUUUACUGCGGUUCCUUCGAGCAGGCUGGCACAGUUCACCCGGCCGACGCAACUUGGGUUUGUAUCUUCGCGUCUUCGUCGACCCAGACCUUCGGGCCCGAUGGCGCCAGCUUUACGUGCGGGUGUUCCAGCGACCUCACCCCCGAGGCUACCGAGUCUCCUCUCCCAGAGCCCACCCCUGGACCUACCGAACCUCUCCCAGACCCCACGCCUGAGCCUACCGAACCUCUCCCAGAUCCCACGCCCGAACCUGUACUUGCUACGCCGGAACCGGUAUCCCCUACGCCGGAACCCGUAUCAACCACGCUGGAACCAACCGUAUUGACCACGCCGGGACCGGUAACCCCUACGCCGGAACCCGUGUCAACGACACCGGAGCCCGUAUCUAUCACGCCGGAACCAACCAUACUGACCACGCCGGAACCGGUAACCCCUGCGCCUCAACCCGUAUCUACCACGCCAGAACCAACGGUAUCGACCACGCCGGAACAGGUUACACCUGCUCCGGUAUCCGAGGCCGUCACACCAACGUCGGGGCCGGCGCCUUCCGUGGCUCCAACGCCGGGCCCAGCUGCCGGAAGCCGAGGCCUCCCGGGCACGCAAGGGCCAACCUCGACACCAACGUCCGUCAGCCCGCCCCCAGCGCCGGCGAUCUCGGGCGGGACCCCCUCCCCCAUGCUCGGGUCGAUCGACUUCCCGGAUGUUGUCCCUGCUCCAUCUUCAUCUCCUGAGAUCGCUCCGUCUUCGCCGACAUGUGGGGACACCGAGUCGUUCCAGAUCAUUUCGUCGGAGCUCCCUGGUGUCCAGGGAUGCUUCCAGGCGACUUCUACUUUGUUCUCUACGCCGGAAUCAACCGAGGAAUACUGGAGCUUGACCGGCGAGGCCGAAUUUGAGAGUAUUUUGGUGGCCUCCAUCCUAGACCUGGACACGGAAGAAGAGGAUGACUCCACUCCGUGGUUUUUGGUCUUCCUCUCCGCGGACGACGAUGCCACCGUGGUUUACUGCUAUUCGAACGAGCAGGGGAUCUUGGUUCACCCGACCGACGCAACGUGGCAAUGGUAACCACUCUAUUCCCGAAGGGGUCAAACCUCCUAGGUUAGGACACUUUCAGGCUUAACCUAGUUCCUAAAAAAAUUGCAACAUGCGGACUGACGCGGGAGGGCUGAAAAUUGAGUUCAGUUUGACAUACUGUUGGAAAAUAAGAGUAGAAAUAUAUACGAAUAAAUUUGUUCUAAAAGCGCCGGUUGUCAAAUUUCUGUCAUAGCAACGUGUUUCACAGGAUUCACCGUCGAUAAUGCUGCCGGGAUUUGCAUACGCAAUCUUUGCAUUCAACUUCGAAGGACUUUGAAGAGAUUAUCAGCGUUUGUUUGUAAUGACCCUGAAGCCUGUCCAUACAACCGCGAGGGUGUGUUUUAUCUGGUCGCCGGUCUCGAGCAAACCGGUGGUAUUUUGUUGUAGCGUCUAUGCUAGGUUCUCUCGGGUGCUGUCGUAGUUACCGUCGUGACAAAAGUAAGGAUGGAAUGUCCUUCUUGGCAGCCCGCACACCUAACAUGGGCAUGAUGGGUUGAGAAUGGUGUGAACAU